CGAACUUUCACCAGGGCCCGCCCUGCCCGCCUGGGAUCUGAGAUCUGAGCCUUCGCUCUACCUUCCUGCUUGAACAUUGUCGACAUCGACCGUCGGGUCGCUGAUUCAAGUGCUCGAACUCACAGCGAACAGAGCCCUCAGGUCCCAGCCGUCGACAUAGCAGCACCGGCAGGUACAUACCCUAUUGCAACGUAUAAGUCAAUUUGGUGCCCUCGAUUGCGCUGUUGACUCAUAACAUCAAAUCCCGCUCCCCGCGCCGGAGCCGGCGGAGGCCAAUAUACAUAGCCAUUUUUUCGUACCUGUAAUCAGGAGUGCAAACGCUGCAAGCAGUCUUCCGACUCUUCGCCCGAGCGUCCACCACUGCAAGGCUUCACUCGCUCGCCAUGCCGCAGUAUCAGCUCGAGGUCGCAAUUGUGCUUGCGGUCAGCGCGGCAUGCAGUCUGACGGUCUUUCUGCUCUCGAGGUCCGAGGAAGGGAAGGUUCACCUCCCCAGCGAGAUCGAGGAAGAACUGGAGCGGGAUCCGUUCGAUGUGACGAAGCCAGAAGAUUUCGUGGAUGGGACACCGGUCAAUGGAGAAGACUUCUGGCAUACGAUGUGGCUGAGGAAGCUAGCUGUGUCCGUCCUCCUCGUGGCCAUAGUGAUGAUCCAAUGUGCUUGCCUCGGUUGGGUGAUCAUAGAAGAUGAGGGGACAAACAUUGUCGUGCACACGCUACACAUUGCGUUCGCGCUCUACACACUCGCGGUGGCCGCACGCUCGGUGGGCCAGCAGGAUGGAGAUCACGCUACGUCUAUGAUUCACUUGUCUGCCUUGCCAUUCGUUGCGUCCGCCCUCCUGUUCACCACAGCCAUCCUGCCGUCUACAAGGCUCGUCGACAUUACCUCGUAUGAGCCCUCAUCCGUCCCGCUCGGCCUCUGGUACGCCACUCUCGCGCUGUACAUCGCCUCGCUCGUCCUGGCAGCGACGACACCAUGCGGCCCCCCUCUGCACUUCCCGCCCGAGCAGAUCUACUCGGACAAGAUCAUCGCGAAGAUGACGAACCGGUACGAGGACAACGUCUGCGGGAUCACGGGCGCGUCGGUCUGGGACACGCUCCUCUUCUCGUACACGACCAAGGUCGUCAUGCUCGGAAACACCGCGGAGAGCCUCGAGAUCGGCGACCUGCCGAUCGUGCCCGCGAACAUGCGCGCGACGACGCUCUUCAAGAACAUGCGCGGCGCGGUGAGACGCUACCACCUCCGCGUGCGCUCGUGGCGCCCCCGCCCGGGCUCGGGCUGGGAGCUUGGCUACCGCAUCUUCCGCGUGAACACAAGGGAUGUGACGAUCGUUGUGCUUCUCGCGACGAUCGUCGCUGGUCUGUUCUACACGCCCCAUUACUUCCUGCAGCGUGUCGUUCGCUACCUGGAGAUGGACCCGGAGAGGAAGGACCGCGGUUGGGGGUGGGCGUACUGCUGUGGACUGUUCUUCGCUAAUGCUAUCACGCAACUCAUCAGUGGACAACUCUGGUCUCUGUCCACUACGACCCUUCAAGUCAGCUUCAAGGUGCAGCUGAACUCGAUCCUGUAUGCGAAGACGCUUGUCCGCAAGGACAUUGCCUCGUCAUCUGGCCCCGCUCCCGAGGAGAGCGCUGCGGAGAAUGGAGCCGCUGCCAGCGCGAACGCAGAGUCCGGGGUUUCGGAGGCGAAAGAUGAGGACGACUUCUCGAGCAAAGCGCAGAUCAUGACGCUCAUGACGACAGAUGUUGAUCGUGUCAGCGAAUUUGCAUGGCAUCUGUUCACGCUGUUUGACUCUCCCGUUGAGCUCAUCAUCGGUACUAUCUUCUUGUAUAGCUUGCUUGGCGUGUCUUGCUUCAUUGGACUGGCUGUGACGUGCUUGUUCUUGCCACUCAACCACUUCGCGAGCAAGAUUGUCGUGUCUGCACAAGACAACCUGAUGAAGGCGCGAGACGAGCGUGUUUCAUUGAUGAACGAGAUCUUGGGUGGUAUCCGCAUGCUCAAGUUCAUGGCUUGGGAGCGUAGCUUCGAAGCACGGGUCAUGAAGGUUCGGGCAAAGGAACUGAAGUACCAGAGGCUCAACUACCAUAUCGAGGUCAUCUUCAACGCUAUAUGGGGCGCCUCCCCUAUCGUUGUUGCGCUGGUGUCGUUCUGGCACUUCGCCGUCGUUCGUGGACAAGUGCUGACACCUUCGAUCGCGUUCACUUCUAUCAGUGUCUUCAAUGAACUGAAGUUCGCCUUGAACGCACUUCCAGAGACGUUCAUCAACAUACUCCAGUCCAUGGUGUCCUUACGUCGAAUUGAAAAGUACUUGCACGGCGCUGAGGUAGCCACUGUCGAGCCCCUGAGCCGCCAGUCUCAAGCGAUCGCCCUGCAAAAUGCAACCAUCACCUGGCCGCAGGACCGUAUCCGUGGGGCCAGCGCUACAUCAUCGGCCGCCUCUACUCCCAAGCAGAAGUUCGUGCUCCUCGACCUGAGCAUCGACUUCCCUGUGGGCGAGCUCUCGUUGGUGUGCGGUAAGCUGGGAAGUGGGAAGUCUUUGUUGUUGCUUGCGCUGCUCGGCGAGGCGGAUGUGCUCGCUGGUCAGUUGACUUGUCCGCGGUCGCCGCCGGAUGCGAUCGCUUCGUUCGCAGGCAAGGUCGUGCCUGAGGACGAGUGGGUCGUUCAGGGCGUCUGCGCUUACGUUCCCCAGAGUGCAUGGCUUCGCAACGCCUCCAUCAGAGAAAACAUCCUCUUCGAUCUUCCGUAUAUUGAAGAACGCUAUCAAAAAACUCUUGAGGUUUGCGCCCUUGUCAGCGACUUCAAGAUCCUCGAGGAUGGAGACAUGUCGGAGAUUGGUGAACGUGGCGUCAACCUGUCUGGUGGCCAAAAAGCUCGAGUGUCACUUGCACGUGCGGUGUACUCGCGUGCCUCAGUCCUUUUGAUGGACGACGUUCUCUCUGCCGUCGAUGCCCAUACCGCUCAUCACCUCUAUAAUGAGUGUCUGAAGGGUGAUCUCAUGCGUGGUCGUACCGUGAUUUUGGUAUCGCAUCAUGUACAGCUUUGUGCACCAGGCGCGAGCUACAUCGUCGCCCUCGACAAUGGUCGAGUUGCAUUCCAAGGCGAUCGGGACACGUUCCGGUCGUCUGGUGUACUAAACACGCUUGUCCAGUCUGGUGCGGCUGACACAAGUGACGAGCAAGAAGAGACGGCAGUAGCAGACGUAGAAGACUUGCUACCUGAGAAGGAGUCAUCCGACACUGGGGGGCACUCGUCGGAGACCACCUCCACUGCUGCUGCUUCCGAACCGGAGGCGAAGCCAGAACAACGGAAGGCGCCGCGCAAACUUAUUGAGGAAGAGACGCGUGCUGUUGGCCGCAUCAGCACGGAUAUCUGGACGACAUACAUCAAUGCCUGUGGUGGUUAUAUGUAUUGGAGUAUGUUUGGCGUGGCCUUGCUGCUCGCUGCGAUCAGCCCUGUCGCUGAAAACGGAUGGCUACGGAUAUGGACAGGGUCUGCCCUGGAAUCGGCUGAACCAAGACCCCCGUCGUUCUACAUAUCCAUCUACGCUGCGAUCACUGGGGCUGGUGUCAUCCUCCAGACUAUCCGCUGGGUCGUCAUCUAUCACGGUGGUAUCCAUGCAUCGACCGUGCUUUACAAGCGCCUCCUCGAGGGCGUCCUCUUCGCCAACAUCCGUUUCCAUGAUACGGUAUCCCGAGGCCGGCUAUUGAAUCGCUUCGGUAAAGACUUCGAGGGUGUUGACAGCAACCUUCCGGAUAAUUUCGGACGCAGUGUUGCUUACACCCUGUCCGCCGCUACGACGUUCGUUACGAUCACUUACAUCGGAGGUUUCCCCUUCUUGUUGGCUGCCGUGAUUUUCGGCUCUCUCUACUACAGCGUCGGCAAGGUCUAUGGCCAAACAUCUCGAGAUAUGCGACGACUCGACUCGGUCACUCGCUCGCCUCUGUACUCCAUCUACGGUGAGACAAUUGCUGGUGUGACCGUCCUCCGGGCCUUCGGGGCCUCCACGAAGUUCAUGCGAGACAUGUUGCGCUGCGUCGAUACUAACACCAACCCGUAUUACUGGAUGUGGGGUGUGAACCGAUGGCUGUCCGCGCGCUUCAACCUGCUGUCGAGUGCUGUUGUCGGAGUGACUGCUUUCGUGUGCAUCUUGACACCAGGGAUUUCGGCGUCCUUGGCGGGUAUGGCCCUUGCUUUCUCGUCGACCAUCUUGAACGAUCUCCUGUUCCUCGUACGCCGUUUCGUUGGUCUUGAGCAAUCGAUGGUCGCUGUGGAGCGUAUCAAGGAGUUCUCAGAGCUCCCGCGUGAGCCUCCUGAGUUCGUCGAGCCCCGUCCUCCCGCGUCCUGGCCAGAGAAGGGCGCCAUCGAGUGCGAGAGCCUCGUCAUCCGAUACGCCCCCGACCUUCCCGACGUGCUGCACAAUCUGAACUUCACGAUCGCGCCGGGCGAGAAGAUCGGCGUGCUCGGGCGGACGGGCUCGGGCAAGAGCACGCUCGCGCUCUCGUUCUUCCGCUUCGUCGAGCCCGUCGAGGGCCGCAUCCUCGUCGACGGCCUCGACAUCGCCGCGAUGGGUCUGACGGAUCUGAGGAGCAAGUUGACGAUCAUUCCGCAGGACCCGACGAUCCUGAGUGGGACGCUGCGGUCGACGUUGGACGUGUUCAGCGAGUACGAGGAUGCCGAACUGUACGAGGCAUUACGCCGCGUGCAUCUCAUCCCGGCGUCUGAUGUGCCGUCGGAAGACCCCGCGACGGUGAAUGCGAACGUCUUCCGCGACCUGGACUCGCCUGUCUCGGAAGGCGGCGACAACUUCUCCACUGGUGAGAAGCAGCUGCUCUGCAUGGCCCGGGCCAUCCUCAAGCGGUCCAAGGUGCUGGUGAUGGACGAGGCUACUGCUAGCGUGGACUACGCAACGGAUGAGCUGAUCGGGAAGACGAUCAGACAAGAGUUCGCAGAGAGCACGAUCCUCACCAUCGCCCACCGGUUACGCACCGUCAUCGACUACGACCGGGUCAUGCUGCUGGAGCAGGGCCGCAUCGCCGAGCUCGACAAGCCCGCGGUGCUGCUGGCGGACUCGUCGUCCAAGUUCCACGGCCUCUGUAAGGCGACGGGCAAGAGCGAGUUUGCGAUGUUGAAAAAGCUGGCGGGCGUCCCGUAGAGGGGAGGCUCGCCGCGACUCAAAAUAGAUACGAGUCAGGUCGUUGGGUGUGGUGUAUUUGUGUUGAUGGACUAGAGUAGAGUAUGUUACGAAUGCAUAGUGGUUUGUCUGACUGUCUG